GUCCUCCUGUAGCUGAGUGCCACUGGCUUGUUAUUGUGCGCAGCACCACACAGCGCGGCCAUAUUGUUAUAGUCUUUCUACGCGUUUGACUUAUCAAUACUUUCGCCUUUUUUAUUUUAUUUGUCAGCUCAAUUUACUUGCAAUUAAUAGAGCGCAAGUGCGGCUGAAAUUGUGAUAGCAAGCGGGAAACAUAGCUAAAGACUAAUAGAGAACAAGAGAGAGAGAAAGAAAGAGAGAGGGAAGUAAAGGUCAAACAUCGUAUUCUUGUGUGUCUAUAUUCAAUAGCAGGUAUGGGUUCGAACAGUGCCACGAUGAGGAAAUCAACAAUGUGUAGAAAAAGCAAGAUCAGUAGAAUGGUGAAAGGGACCAACUCCUAGAGGGCGGAUAUCCACGAUAUCUUACUCUGCUUUCUGGAGAUAACAUUUAUUUUUACUAAAAAGUUCUCCUGCCGACACUGACGAUCAUUAGAAAAAAGAAAUUUGCAAAUCUUGCCAUCUUCACAUUAAAUAUGGGUUCAUCGAGAGGAGAAGAUCACAGUCUUAGCAGUGGGAUAUCCUUGCCGCAAUGGAUGAAAGGGCGCGGGGAUGCGAGGUACGAAUUUGAUCAUACUUCGUUCAGUCCACCUUCGCACGACGAUAAUUUCUUCUGCAUAAGAUACGCGAUUAAACCGUCGAAGGAAAAAAGCAACGAUAAUACGGCCACGGCCAGCGGCCAAGACGGCUAUAGAUCCAUCAGUCAGGUAUUGAACGAAAAUACUAACUCGAACGUUACCGUCGUACACGCAAACAACCCCCCAUCGUCGUCUACCAACACAUCAUCCGAUUUAACCAACAUCAAGGAUUUCAAAAACAUCGACUUCAGUAAACAUCCAUUACCAUGUCAACCGUUUGUACCUGCUGCAGGAGGGAAGGAAGCGAAUCCAGCAGCAUUUCGAUUGAGCAAUAAAACAAAAAUCGCAAAAUCUCAGGGGACCGACGACGGUUUUCACAGUGAGCCAGCUCUAUGUGGAAAAUCAAUAGUUCACGUCGCUAAUCGUAUGAUGUCGAAAAAACUGGCUAAAUUCGAUACGGUGAAUGAAGCGGCGGAGGGCUUGCAAAAUAAUGCGACAAUGGAAGAGCAACUGCGGAACGAGAAACAACUUAUGCGACGAGGAAGCAAAUCACUGCCCGUCACGCCCAUAGCAUCGCCGACUUCGACACCCGACACUUCACCGAAAUCUCGACGUAGAGGAAAUACAAACAGAUACUUCACUGGAACAUUUGAUCGUGACAAUAAAUACCAAACUGGUUGGCUAUUGUCAAGUAUUCUUGGCCAAUCGAGAGAAUUCGGAAUCGGCACGAGCCACAAAAUCCAAGAAGUUGACGAGGAUGAAGCCCCUCCCCUCGAUGUUGUACCGUCUAAAUUUUUAAGCCGUAAAAAAUCAAUUUCAUCGCAAAAUCUUUCGUACCUUGGGCGAAACGAGGAGCAGCGUCAACAGCUGCCACAGCAAUUGCAACCACAGCAGCAACAGCAACAACAAUCACAACAACGGGAUGACGAUUCGAAGAAAGAAUCGAGCAUCUACACAAAUGUUUUUAGAGCGAAGCCGUCGGAACUUCGAGAAAUGAAUUUUUGGUCCCCAACCUCUAUGUAACACCACAAGUUUUUAUCGCACCCUGAGCAAUAUGUAUUAUUCUUAUUCAAACUAACAAUCAAUUCUAUAUCCACAGCGGACUAAUUGAAAGCGUAUAAGGCUUCGAUUGUAUCUGAAAAUUCAUAUAAAACUACAAUUGUCACUAUGA